UUGCCCACAUCCAAGAUGGCCGCCCGGGCGCCCGCCGCACGCGUUGACCCCGCCCGCCCGCCCGGCCGCCGUGGCCAGGGCUUCCUUUCCAAGAUGGCGGCGCCCAGCGGGAGGAGCGGCCGGCGGCUGUGGGCCGCGCUGCUGCCCGCCGCCCUGCUGUGCCUGGCGGCCCGGGCGGCGGAGGAACCGAGCACGGCCGAGUUCGACGUGCGGCCCGGCGGGGAGGUUCAUUCCUUCUCCCGGAGCCUGGGGGAUUACACCUGCACCUUCACAUACUCAGCUCAGGGAGGAACCAACGAGCAAUGGCAGAUGAACAUUGGAGUCAGCGAGGACAACCUGCUCUUCUCCUGCUCCGUCUGGAGGCCCCAAGGGAAGUCAUAUCUCUUCUUUACCCAGUUUAAAGCUGAAGUGAAAGGAGCCAAGAUAGAGCACGCCAUGGCUUAUUCUCAAGCUGCAGCGGGUGGACAAAGCGACAUCCCCUUAAAACAGGAAGAAUUUGAAAUCACCGAAACAACAGUCUCUCACAGGGAAGGCAAGUUCCGUUUCGAACUGUCCAAACUCAUGAUCGUAGCAAAAACGCCCCGUGACGAGCUGUGACCCCGAGGCCAGGGCUGGGCCGCGUGUUUUAGCCGGAAGAACACGGCAGUAAAUAGGAUUAUUUGUUAACUGCUGGAUUUCUUUUUUUGGGGGGGGUUGGCCAAACCUUUUUAUGUUUUUCCAUAUUAAAACGUGCCAGGGUCCAACACGAGGCGCUCGGAGGUGUUAAGACAGAUAUAUUCUGUCUUGUGUCAGAGUAACAAUGUGCUUUGCAGCUGGAAUCCUCCUGAUCUGCAGCCAGCCGUUCUGCCGCCCGCUUUCUGCUUGGCUGAUCUGCUGAACAGGGGAAAGCUCCCCCCGAACUUAUCUCCCUUGCUCGGAAGAGCAAUGCGGGGAGAUAAGCAGCUGGAUUUAACCACGGUUUGCUCAAGGAGAAGUUGUUAACACUGUAGCCUCUGGAGGGGAGAUGGGAUUUCUCCCUCUUUGCAAGCGUGACGGGAGGAAAUAAUGAAAUUGGGUGGGAGGGGGAAGGAAGGGAUGGAGUCGGCCAAAGCUCUCGGGCUCUUUGGUGAGUGCAGCUACUAAAACCAUCACUAGGGAGGAUGUUCUGGCCCUGCCCUGGUGCAGAGCGCAGGUUGGGAUCACUCGGAGCUGCUUAUUCUGACACAACCCAGGAACCAAUCCGAGCAAACACUUUUCAUGUCUCAGUACAACCGCAGGACUAUUUUCUACGUACAGAAGCGAUUUUUUUCAUAUCUAGAGUCAUAACAGUGAGGGAACGUGGAAUUCCUCUCCUGUGUAAAUACAACGCAAAUAAAGAAAUAAAGCAUCA